AGUGGGCAUUCGGUCCUGUGGCGGGGUCCCCGGCGCUCGCUGGAGGCUUCGCGAUGACCGCUCUGAGCCCGGGCGAGGCCGCCAAGGCGGGCAGUGUUCAACAGAUGCACGGAAAGACGGCUUCUUUGAAGAGCACGGAGAAACUAGGCAGGGUCCAGAGACCCCGAGGCUCCAGUCUGCACUGGCCAGAAGGCUUGAAGGGCGAAGACAUAAAGAAGUGCGGCCGAGAAGGGACGCUACUCAGAAAAUACAACCAGCAAUAUCACAAGCUGUUUAAGGACAUCCCUUUGGAGGAGGUGGUUCUCAAAGUGUGCUCCUGCGCCCUCCAGAGGGACCUCCUUCUCCAGGGCCGGCUCUACAUCUCCCCCAACUGGCUCUGCUUCCAUGCCAGCCUCUUUGGCAAGGAUAUCAAGGUGGUCAUUCCCGUGGUGUCUGUGCAAAUGAUCAAAAAACACAAGAUGGCGCGGCUCCUUCCCAAUGGCCUGGCCAUCACCACCAACACCAGCCAGAAGUAUGUCUUUGUGUCACUGCUCUCCCGGGACAGUGUAUAUGACAUGCUGAGGAGGGUCUGCACCCACCUACAGCCUUCCAGCAAGAAGAGUCUGAGUGCAAGAGAAUUUCUAGAGGAACCUGAGUGCAAAUCUCCGGAAGUCCUCAUCCCUGAGAUGAAGUGGAGAAAAGUGUGCCCUGUCUCCAGGUCACUGUCCCUCCCAGACAACAUCCCUUGUAUCCCUCGGGCAUCCAUGGACUCCACGGAUGACUUCUUCCCCUCCAGGAAGCCUCUGGGGUCUGGUGAGUUCAGCGUGCUUGUCCAUGGCAACUGCUUGCAAAGACCAGGCUUUCCCGCCUCCCACUUCUGCAAAAAGAGGUCAUCACAGCCAGCAGGGCUUCUGAGAGUUGUUUCUUUCUUUCUCCAAAUCCAUAAGGGAAAGCCAAGAGCCCAAGCGGCUUCAGAGAAUACGGGUGGGGGAGUGGGCUGGGGUCCUGCCUUCUGCCCCAGGAAGAUGCCUAACGAUCCUGUUGCAGAGAAUGCAGACUGUGAGGAGGAGAAGCUGGAGGAGGAGCCCAAGAGCAACAGGGAGCUGAGGCUCUGGGAUCACGGGCUCCUGAAGGUCUUCUUCGUGCUGAUCUGCUUCUUGGUCAUGUCUUCGUCGUACCUGGCGUUCCGCAUCUCCCGGCUAGAACAGCAGUUAUGCUCCCUGAAUUGGGGCAGCUCAGUCCCUGGGCACAGGUGA